AUAUUAAUAAGAGACAGCAAAUAGAAAUUCAAUGAACAUCUAAUAGGCUCAGGCCGGAUUUGAAGUAGCCAUGAAAAUGGGCGGAAAGCUCUCCAUACUUCUCCUUCUUCCCAUCUUCUUCUUCUUCUUCACCACAUCUACAGCUUCAAGAGAUAUUUCAGAAUUGCCCCACUUUAACAGCUCUUUUACUGCCAAAGCCAACCAGCAGAUUGCUUUAAACAGGUGUUCAUACACAGUGGACAUCAGAACAAGCUGUUCCUCAGUAAGAUACACCAGAGAUAAAAUCAGCCUUUCAUUUGGUGAUGCUUAUGGCAAUGAGGUGUAUGUAGCAAGGCUCGACGACCCAGAUUCGGAUACAUUCGAGAGAUGUUCCAGGGAUAGAUUCAAGAUUAAGGGGCCAUGCAUGGAUGAUGUGUGUUAUCUGUAUCUAUACAGGAUGGGAUCGGACGGCUGGAAACCGCAGAAGGUGACUGUGUACAUGUCUGCUUACAGGUAUGUCACGUUUAUAUACAACAGAUUUAUACCCAGAGGAGUGUGGUAUGGCUUCAAUCACUGCGAUAAUGCUGCAACUGCUGCGUAGACAAGACAGAAGAACUGAGAUUGAUUACUUAUGUAUGUGUACUCGAAUGGAUGGGGUUUUAAGAAUUUGGAAUAAGUUUUCUUGUGGCCUAUGUUGUUAAUUUCGAAAUCAGGAUUUAUUACAAUUACAUAUUUAUAUCAUCUUGUAAUCUACUUAUAUUUUCUUUGUUAA